AAAAGGUGUCUUUUCUCAAGCAUGUCGAACUACAAUAACAAUUCCACAACACCUGAUCACUUGUUGACGCCAACAAGUGGUACGGGAAUUGAUGGCGCAGAAGCAACUACAUCUUCGAUAGGAAUGGGAGAAGGAAUGGAGACCACUGGCAUCGAGUAUAGGCCUGAUUUUUCAAGUGGUGACGAUUUUUUCAACUCGGCGUCUGCUUGGGCGGGAGGCGGAGAUGGUGUAGAAGAUCAUAGCGGUUGUAGUGCUCACCGUGGUUUUUCCCAAGCAUCAUCGUCCGCUUCUUUGUCAGCGCCUUCAGUAUGCGCCCUCAAACCCGUCGUGAUCGAUGCAGAAGUGAUUCAAGCCUAUCUGGAUAUUAUCGGAGAAAAAGUCGUCGUCUCCGUGUUAGACACCGACCAGUUCAUACAAUUGGUCUACUCUUUAGCCCAAUUCGCCAAAGCACG